AUGUGUAUUAAACCGCAAGGUAAUCACCGAGCUGUGAUGAGACUACUAAUAAGCCUGUCAACAAAGGAGUCUCGCCCUGUUACCAGAUAUCUAAUGAGGAUUUGCGUACCUAUAAUACUAGACCCUGGUUGUUCUGCAUCCUCGUACUUGGCAAGGUCAGUAAUCAUGAGAACAGCUCUGGACUACAACACGGAUGUCAUUGCUAUGAUAAGAAAAAAGAUUGUUGAGGAACUUAAGGAGAACCUUCACAGUGCCAAGGUUCAGUUGGAGCUCUUUGAGUUCGAAAGUCUUUAUGAAAAUUAA